GAAGCAGAUGAUAUACCCACUGACAAUUUAAAUUUCUACGAUAACAAAACUGCUCUCGAUAAUUUGCUGACAAAGCCAGACGGACUUUUUUAUAUAAUCGAUGAUGCUUCUCGCUCUAGCCAGGACCAAGAUCUUAUUAUGGAUCGCAUUGUAGAAAAACACAGCCAAUUCGUUAAGAAACAUACGACCACCGAAAUUUCCGUUGCUCACUACACAGGACGCAUCAUAUAUGAUACACGCGCUUUCACAGAUAUAAAUCGUGACUUUGUGCCACCGGAAAUGAUAGAGUGUUUUCGCUCGUCGAUGGAUGAAAAUAUCAUGAUUAUGUUUACCAAUCAACUCACGAAAGCGGGAAAUUUAACAAUGCCAUUUGAAUGCGUACAACACAAGUCAGAAGACUCCCAAAGAAAAUCCUAUCCGUUAAACACUCUAUCAGCUGGGUGUAUUUCGCAAGUGAAUAACUUACGAACCUUGGCAGCGAAUUUUCGGUUUACCUGCUUAACUUUGCUUAAGACGUUGACAUGCAAUAGCAAUCUGGGUGUGCACUUUGUUCGUUGCAUUAGGGCGGACUUAGAAUACAAACCACGAGCAUUUCACGCCGAUAUGGUACAACAACAAAUGAAAGCUCUUGGCGUUUUAGAUACAAUUGCCGGCAGACAGCUUGGCUAUUCCUGUCGCAUUACGUUUCAAGAGUUUCUUAGACGAAUGGUUGGUUUCUUUCCACCUUAG